AUGUCUACUGCAAAUUUGUUUUAUUUAUUUUUUUGUUUUUUUGUAUUGAAUUAUGUAUCAUGUAUAAAUUUACAAAUAGGAAAUCAAAAAUACACAUUAUGCUCGAAUGCAAUAAAAAAAAACUUAUUAGAUUUUUAUAACACGCUAAGCUUUUUAAAAUCCGAUAAAUAUUUGAAAGACAAUAUUAAAAAAAUUAAUUUAUACACCAAAUUUCGAAAGCGAUUAUACAAAGAUAGAUUAAGUGUUUAUGCCAAUGUUAGUAUAAAGGAUAAAGAUGAAGAAGAAACUGUAAAAGUAGUAGAAGAAAAGGAAAAUAAGGAAGAAGGUGGUGAUGGCGAAGAGAAGGGCACUAGUAAUUCAACAGACCCUGAUAUUUUUGAAAAUUUUUUAAAAUUUAAUAAAAGUAAUUUUUUUUGUAUUGACGAAUUUGGAUUAGAUGUUAGCAUUCCUUUGUUAAAAAAUACAAAUUUAGGGGCAAAUGUAGUUUAUCAACUUCCUAAGGUUGUAUAUGUUAAUGCUUAUGCAAAUGCAUAUAAUACUAUUAUAAAAGGAGAAUUUAAUACUAUAGACUUAAUGAAAAAAAUUAGUUUUUUCCAAUUUUUUGAUAAUUUUUACAUUAAUGCUAACUAUGAUUUUAAAAAUGAGAAGGCCCUUAUAAAUUUGGAAAGUAAACUAUAUGAGUAUUAUAAUAAACAUGGUGAUAAAAUUAGUUUUAAUAACAAAGUCAUAAUUGAAAGAAAUAACAAAAAUGAUUAUGACGGUUCAGUAUGCCUUUCGCUAAAAUAUAAUAACAACAUAUUUACCCCUAUCUUUAAUUUUAAGGACAAGUCUCACGAGUUGUUGUAUGACAAUGUAAAUGGAAACAGAAAAUUUAGUUUAAAAAUAGAUAAAGACAAAAAUGUACAUUUCAAUUACUUGUCAUUCGAUAAAGUGAAUGAAUCAAAUAAAUAUUUAUUAUUUUUUAAUUUCUUAUUCUCAAAUCCAAUGCAAUCAAUUAUAACAUUGAAACGGGAAUUCGUUUUUUAA